AUGUCGAACUUUUACGAACUUCCGGGUUCCCACAAACCGCCUAAUGCACAAGAAACUGUUCCAAUAGCAAUCGAAGAAAAUCGUCGAGCUAGUCUCACUUAUUUCGACUAUGGUGCUAUCGAAAGAAUGCCAAGAGUCUCUUCGAAACUAGACCCGGAGAAUCCCAACAAGGGUAAGCUUGGAACUUUUGAUGGAGUUUUUGUACCGACAACGUUAAAUGUACUGUCGAUUUUGAUGUUUUUGAGAUUUGGAUUCAUCAUUGGACAGAUGGGAGUCUUGGGGACCGUACUUCUAUUGGUUAUAAGUUAUGGAAUAAACCUUUUGACUACAUUGAGUAUUUCUGCAAUUUCAACGAAUGGUACCGUUCGUGGCGGAGGUGCUUACUACAUGAUAUCCCGGAGUUUGGGCCCCGAAUUUGGUGGUUCCAUCGGGCUCAUCUUCUUUUUGGGUCAAAUGCUGAAUAGUGGUAUGAAUGUGGUAGGUCUAAUAGAGCCCUUGAUGUACAACUUUGGCUCCAAAAUCGACCAGGAAACUCCGGCUAUGUACCCAUUGCUAAAUCGCGGUUACUGGUGGGAGUUCUCAUAUGCUUCUGUCAUACUUCUCUUUUGCUUGGGAAUUGCCCUGGUGGGUUCUGCUACCGUCUCCAAAGCGGGAAAAGUACUAUUUUGGCUUCUACUUUUCUCGACUUUGUCGAUUCCCGUGUCUGCUCUCUUCGUGUCGCCAUUCAACGAUGGUCAGAUCCUGUACACAGGACCGUCAUUGCAAACUUUAAAAGACAAUUUGUAUCCGCAAUUUACAAAACGAGCCGCUGGAUCGCUUUUGAAGGGUAAAGAAACGUUCAACGAUCUUUUUGGGAUUUUUUUUCCAGCUACGGCUGGUAUUUUUGCAGGUGCUGGCAUGAGCAGCGAAUUGAGGAAGCCAUCCAGAUCUAUACCGAAGGGAACAUUGUGGGGACUCAUGUUAACUUUUCUUUGUUAUUUGAUUGUAAUUUUCACAAUAGGUGUGUGCGUUCCACGCGAGUCCUUACACAGAGAUGUUCAAAUCAUUCAAACAAUCAGUUCACAUCAAGUUGUCAUUUUGAUUGGCGAGCUGUCAACAUCCAUAUUUUCAAUUAUUGUCGGUAUUGUAGGUGCUGCAUUUGUGCUUGAAGCGAUAGCCAAAGACUGCAUUUUUCCUGGUAUCUCUAUUUUUGAAAAGCAUCCAAUAUGGUCGAUUCUGUUUACGUGGCUACUGACUCAGCUAUGUCUUUUCUCCGAUGUGAACCAAAUCGCAACCUUUAUUACCAUGACAUUUUUGACUACCUUUGUCGUUAUGAACCUAGCCUGCUUCCUUCUCGAAAUUUCGUCUGCUCCAAACUUCAGACCGUCUUUCAGGUACUUUGAUUGGUAUACUGCAUGCAUUGGAGGAACUUUGUCAAUAAUUGCAAUGCUAAUAGUUGAUGUGAUUUCUGCGUCACUAGUCAUUCUGGCGAUUUCAGUCGUUUUCGUCGUGAUACAUCUCUUCUCCGCACCCAAACCCUGGGGCGAUGUCUCUCAAAACAUCAUUUAUCAUCAGGUUCGCAAAUAUUUGUUGCGCUUGAGACAAGACAACGUGAAAUAUUGGCGGCCUCAAAUUCUGUUGCUAGUAGAUAAUCCUCGGACGAGUUGGAGUUUGAUCAAAUUCUGCAACAAUCUCAAGAAAGGUGGUCUUUACGUGCUUGGACAUGUAACAGUAGGUGAAAGUUUUCAACACGAAUACGAAGAGAUGAGGAAACAAACACGAGCGUGGGUGAAAAUAAGGGAUAUGGCGAACAUCAAGGCUUUUGUUCAGGUAGGUACCGGUCCUUCUCUUCCUUGGGGUGUAAGAAACGUUUUUCUUGGUUCCGGAUUAGGGGGAAUGAGGCCAAACAUAACGGUGAUCGGCUUCUUCGAUUUGGAAAACUACUAUAAAGAAAAGCGGACGGGUGAGGGUCCUUCACUUAGAAAAAAGGCAUCUCCGAAAACAUUUUCUGGUCUGCCAGCAAGUCGUCAAAAGAAUGGUAGUUUGGCCGUGGAUAUACCGGAUACUCCGGAAUUGCUACCAACCGACGUCUGUAAGAAUGAGCGAAAGAUCAAGGUUCAACAAUGGGUGCAGAUUAUUGAAGAUCUGUCACUAAUGAACAGUAACAUUGCCGUUGCGAAAAAGUUCAAAGACUUGAAGUUGCCUGGCAAAAAAGACCAUGUCAAGAAAAAGAGAUUCAUCGACCUUUACCCUAUCCAAAUGUCCGCAAGAGUUGAGAUUGAAGAAGAUACAUCUCAAAGUGUUACAGCCACCAACUUCGACACAUACACUUUAAUUUUGCAGCUCGGUGCGAUUUUGGUCACUGUCCCAUCCUGGAAAAAGACUCACCGUCUGAGAGUGAUAGUCUUCAUCGAAAAUGAAUUUGAGAAAAACGAUGAGAAUCAGAGGAUAAGUAACCUGCUCAAUAUCCUAAGAAUUGAUGCAGAGAUUGUUGUCGUGUCGCUCGAUCAAUUCCGCGUUUACAAUACCAUAAUAAAAGGCGAUGCUAUCAAAAUGAGAGAGGUGUCUGAACGUUUAAAAGAUGACCCAUGGUGGGCCGAGCUCAAAGAAGCGAGAGGGACGCAUAAAACUCGAAGAAGAUUCAGUACGAUGGCCACUCUGGCUAAUGAACCCAGAAAUGAACCUGGAAAAAGUGUGCCACGAUAUGACGUCUCUCAAUUGCAAAGGCUGGGCGUCUCAAUGUCUAUGAAAUCGAGCUUCCUUAACAGCCAAUUCAAUUUUCCCGAUGGCUCAGAUGAUGAAGGAACUGAGACAGACCUAAGUGUGGAUUACACUGGUGACGGUCCUAACCUCCUCAAAAGAAGUAAGAUUGACAGGAUUAAACAGUACUUAUCAGCCCCUUCCACGGGAAAUGAGACGAAACCAACUCGUUUGAAAAAUUCGAAGGCUUCAGACGACCGGUCGGUUCGAUCUUUUAUGCCAGUUUUCUCCAGCGAUGCACUACCGAAAACCAAAGUGAUCGAGGAUGCAAGCGGGGACAAACCCUCGCUGAUCCCUGUCGUCGAGAACAGUGACACCAACUCACCCACUCAUGAAGGUGGUAGAAAAAAAGUUCUCCCACCUCUCUCUCCCUGCCAGUCUUCGGAGAGUCUGCUAGCCGAUCUCAAAAAGAUCACGUUCAAUGACGUUCCUAGCAGAGCCCAACAUUUGAUAUUAAAUGACGUUAUGAUUCAGGUCUCAGGUAAGUCAGACCUUAUAUUUUCAACCUUGCCACUGCCACCUUUGGACACCCACAAAAGUGAGGAAGGAAGCCUUGAAUACAUCGAGAACCUUAAUGUAUGGCUGGCCGAUUUACCACCUACAAUGUUGAUCAACUCGAAAUCUACAACUGUAACCACUGCUCUGUAG